CGGAACCCUCUAAUCUGCUGUUGAUAUUGAACGGGUAGGGGGACGACGAGAAGGGAGUGCACUGAGUUCUUUCCGGUGGAUGUAGCGUGAACGGCUUCAAAAUGAAGGCACUGGUAUGCACAGACCUCCAGAGGUCUGUUCAGAAGAACUAAAAACUGGGGGAAUGCUGACUAACCUAAAGCCUAAAGUGCUAAAGGCUAAGAAUGGGCCAAAACAUAAUGUUACCCAUCCAUACAGUAGGAAGGCUGGCCAGAUGGUCCGGGAGAUGCAUAAACAGCAAAGAAAGGACAAGAUAAAGAGUGGAAAGGCUAUCCGCCUAAACAUAAUUGGUGAAAAGCUGCUGUGGUUCCAAAGAAAUCUGGACCCUAACAAGAUUGAGUACAGUAAGCAAGAAGCCUGCGAGAUAAUAGAAAAGUAUUUGCACAGGUUCGAUUCUGAGCUAGAACAAAUUGAAUUGACAAAUAGCAUCAAAGACAGACAAGGAAGACAGCAUGAAGCUCGGGAAGCCAUUCUCAAACACAGCAUUGAAUGUGAAAGAAUUUGGUAUGAAGAAAAUGGAAUAGAAAUACCAGAUAUUAUCAAUACAAAGCAUUUGAAAGCUUUCAGAGAGUGGGAUGGAAAUUUUAAAAAGCUUCCAAAUGUGAAGAUGAAGAAACUCUCAAUAAAAGAUUCGGCUGCUAACCAGAAAAGAAGCAAAGAUGAAAGAGGAGUAGGUUCGCAAAAUGAGGUGGAUCAAGAGCAUGUGUCAGAACAUUAAGGAAACAGAAAUAAAAUAAGAGAUUGCCAAAUUAUCAUUAGGGAAAAGCCACUUGACCAGGUAUUGACCAAUGUGAUCCAUGAGUUAGCUUCUUCAGAUUCCUACCUUGAAUGUAUGGUCUCAAGAAGCUGUACAGCAAGCCUCAUUAUUGCAUAUGAAGUGGUUUCCAUCAAAAUAUCCGAUGUAGACUUUAAUUCAUUUUGAAUUAGCUAUUAUCGAGUACAUUUUUUUAUAUUUACAAAAGGAAGUUGGCUCAGAAACCAAUAUUUAUUAAAAGAAGCAAGUACUAUGAAAUGUUUAAAAUGCUGCAUGUUUCUGUUGAUCCUUCACUGCUGUGUUGCUAUUGCUGAGAAUGUUUCUUUCAUUUUCCCAACAUUGUGAAAACAUUUAUUUUGUGAAGUUACAGUUUCUAAACUUAAUUGUAAAGCUGUUUUUUUUCUCCUCUUCUGCCACAGUUUGGUAAAUACAGGAAUUGCUUUUUAUUUAAAGAAGAUUUUAUCAUUAAUUCAAUAAAAAGGCAAUGGGAUUCUUAGAUUGCUCAA